GCACCUUCGAUAGUCUUGCAGUAUUGAAUUACGAAACCCCUGAAAUCUCACUUAUACGAGUGUAUAAGGACGCCUAAAUUAGCUGUACUAUAAUCCGAUUUUUCUCUUGUAUAGAGAUAAUAUGUCCUCUCCUUAAAGGCACAUCAGAGACGAAAUAAGAGCCGAGCCUAUAAACACGAAUCGAACGAAAGUUAUAAAAAAUAUUUUUCCAUAUCAUCGACUUAUAGUGCAGUUGAUUCUUAACCAUACACUUUCAACGACUUUUCCUUCAGCUCUCCGCUCACGCGUUGAUUAACCUUCCCAUUCUUUCCUGAGCCGGUUAGUGGAAAUUGUUACUCAUCCGAUCAGAGACUAUAAAUUACGCAGCCGUGGAAUCGGUUUCUUUCCUUUGAUCCACCACAUUUUUGAUCGAGGGAAACUAAAGAUGUACAGCAACCAUAUCAUGAGCAGUAACGUGCACAGCAGCAGACGAGCAGCAGUGGUGCCGGAAGCAGCGCCAAUUGUGUCCGUGGUGUCAGAUGAUCCGCGUUGUCCCCGUUGCGGCCACAGAGUGUACCACGCAGAACGGAUGAUAAUCGGAGGCAAUACUUACCACAAGACUUGCUUCACUUGCAGAGUCUGCAAGGUGCAUCUGGAUAGUUUGAACUCCAAUGAAAGGGACUCUCAGCUGUAUUGCAAAAAGUGUUAUGGAAGAGCAUUUGGGCCUCGUGGUUAUGGCUUCGGGAUGGGUGCUGGAACAUUGAGCAUGACCAUGACUGCUUUGCUUGAUUCCAAUUGCAACACAGUUGUUCACAAUCCGGCCACUCAGCAUCUUAUGGAGCAUUCAGGAGCAUCAAAUUGGGAGGCUGAAGAAGUGCAGCGACGCGAAAAUAAGCUUUCAAACUACCGAUACGUCAAAACCAACGCACACGACAAUCUAAUUACGCCCAACGUACCCGCCGUGGCCCAGGCCCAUGCGUACCCACGUCUACUCGAGGAGAGGCAAGCAACCCAAACGAGGUAUCGGCAAACGGCGGCCAGACUGCCUCCCAACGUCGUCAGCUUGAUUCCAGCCUCUGCCGCCGGCUCGCAUCGACACGAACAUCACGUCAAUGCCUACAAGAAUGAUCCGGAGGCGUUUAUUGUUCCCGCGAACCGGCAGUGACAUCUAGCUGACGAGAACUCGACUUUUCCUGCGCGGCUUCUGUUGAUGAAAAAGGGAUUUCCCUGGCUUCCUUCCUUUUUGAAUUGUGAAUGCUCGUGUACCAGCGUGAUUUCUUUCUUUUUACGCGCCAAGUUUUUUCGCUUUCAAGGUUGUAAAUGGAUACGAUACGUACGAGAAAGA